GCAGCGGAGUGAGGUGUAAAUCCAGAGGAGACGAGCCGGUGAGGCAACAACAAGAGGUGCUGUCUGACUGAGAGACAGACAGGGAGAGAGAGACAGACAGACAGAGAGAGAGAGAGACAGACAGAGAGAGAGAGAGAGAGAGAGAGAGAGAGGAGGGUAGAACGAGAUUAAUUCAUAACACAGAGAGAGAGAGAGAGAGAGCAGGUUACCACAGCGACUCGGGGAAGUUGUCAAAGCAAUGAGGACAUCAGGACACAUAGGUUGAGGAGAUGAUAAGCAGAUGGAGGACAGACCUGACAACCCAGCUCCUCCUCUGACCCUCAUCAAAUACUUUGGCACUUUACUGGGUAGUAAGAGGUGGAGGGACACUUAGCACAAAUAGUGAAAGCCAACAGAAAGAGGCCCUGACUGAGGCAUUGCAAUGUCUCAGGCAGGUAAAAUCCUCCACCUGUAUGUUGAGGUGAGGUCUGUUGCUGAGGAGGAAGGGAAAGAGUCAGGAGGAGGAGAUGACGCUACCAAUCAGCUGAUGCUCCAAGGCCCAGACCUCCUUCCUCACUCCCAGAGAAGUUCCAGUCACCCCAGCCCAGCCACAUCCCCAGUGUCUCAGCACCAGGCUGGGGGCAAAAACCAAAGCUUACCCACCUCCAAGUCAUCCUCUAAGCACUCAGUCAGUUUUCAGCUCCAUGGCCCCGAUGAUACAGGUUCUCCUACCCAGCGCCACACACAAAACGUGCCGUAUGACAGCAUUAGCCAGUUGCUUCAGGUCCUUGCACCUGGAGCCACCAGUCCAGGUCAUCAUGGCUUACUGAUGCACGCCUGUUCUCCAGACAUGGAUCCCUACCAGGAAAGGACAUCCUUAACCCCAUCUACAACAUCUGGCGGAAGGCUGACUGUCCCUUCCACGCCCACCAGCAGUCGCAGGUCCAGCGGUGACCCAGGGCUUGAAAAUGAGGAUUGGAAGAGGUCUGUGGUGACCUUCAGCUACAUUGAGAAAGGAAGUGUUCAGAACAUGUUUGGCCGACGCAGCUCUGUGUGCCAAAGUGAACCAGAGAAUCCCUUCAGUAAAAUGGAGGAGCAGCCACUGCCUGUCCACCUUCGGAAGAGGCUGAGUGACCCGGCAUGGUACGACAGCAACACCCCCGACCCCAGUCAUCACUAUCAGUUACCACGGGGUUCUCCAUAUUUGUUGAGGGCCACUGUGGACUCAGUAGCCAGAGAGGCUACCCACAGGGCUUUGGAGGAGUUUGGCUCUCCAGAACUCAAGCGCCGCCUGGCUGGCAUCAGCUCUGGAGAUCGCAGCCCCAGCCUGCCACGACAGCACCGGUCCUCAGGCUGCCAGUCCUGGUCGGGGUCACCUGUUCUGCCACGCAGCACCCGCACCCUGCCGCCUAAUGCUCAGUUCCCAGACCUCAGCAAGGGAGGCUACCGAGGCUCUUUGAAUGGGCUGCCAAGGAGUCCUGCCUCAGACCAGCUUUCCUCUCAUGCCAGGUACCCCUGCCAUGCUGCGGCUCCUGCCUCUACCUUCCAUCCCCAUGGGCUGCCCCAGGGUCAGCAGAAGCCAUGGCAGGGGGAUGAUAGCCCCAGGUUAUCCAGCAAAUUCCGCCCUUUUUUACCUGCAGGGAGACCCACCGACAUCCAGCAUCAUGUUCCAGCUAGCAUGCUUCCUGGUAGCAGUCAGUAUAGGACUAGCCACCAGACAAAUGUUAGCAUCCAACACAGUGUUAAAAGUAGCUACAACACUAACAACAGCAAUACCAGUCACAAUGCUACAGAUGGCAUGCACUACAAAGCUAGCAACAGCCCGUGCUUAUCCAGUAAGACUCACUACAAACCCUCGGGCCACAGCAGCAGCAGAACUGGUGAUGGAACCAGCCCGCCUAGUGGCAGGAGAAGCGAUUCUCCAGCCUCAAGUCCUGAAGUAGCUCGUAAGCUAGCUGAAGAGGCUACUAAACUCUCCUCCAUUUUUACAGACAGGCGUACGCCCUCCCCAACUCCUACCCAGGCUGACUUGGUGAAGUCAGAGAGCCCCUGGAUGGGAGGUUUGUUACUUAGAGAAUCCCAGCCAUACACCACCCUCCAUGGGCAUGGCUCCCCAGAGCUGCCCCGUCCUCAGGCAGAUAACCAUGACCACAGGCAGAAAACAGAUAAAAUGACCCCAAACUCUAGACCGGGACACGACUCGCCUCUCUUAGCCCAAAAAUGCCUCUCCUCACCAGGUCCAUCAGCCUCACCAGCUAGCCAGCGUCAUGUUGACAGUGCCCCCUUGGCAGGACCGGACUCACGGCAGCAACGCAGCUCAUCAACCAGUAAAGACAUCGCCACUUUGCACCGCCACCAGCCCCUGCAGUACAUCGCAGACCGGGGGUCGGAGAGGAGGCAAUACAACCCUGUCUUUGACAGGUCACCCAGAACCAGCCCAGAAGCCCCUAGUCGACUUCCGUCCAAUCAAAAUGCUGAAGACUUGCAGGGGAGCAAUUCGAUGUCCAAGUACCAGGAAUGGAAGGAGGCCAAAUUUGUGCAAGGCAGGGAUGAACUCUGUAAGGAGAACCGUAGAAGGUCCACCGACAGAGAUUAUACUCCAAGCAAAGAGGAGCAUCAGAGGAAGGAUGGCGGAGACAGAGGAGUAAGGAUGUUGGUCCAGGGGUACCAGGGGGUGGCUGUAGGCCUGUCCAGGGAGCAGAGAGAGGAGGUUCCGGAUCAUAGCGGAGCUGUCGGUUCAUCAUCUCAGAGCUCCAGCGGGGUGACGGGCAGCAUGGGAGACAGUUACCAACCAGACAGAGGCAACUAUCUGUCCUCAGAAACAUCCAGUCAGUCCAGCCAGAGGAGCUACGACACCGCAGACACCGGCUCUGGGAUCCAGUCUGACGGCGGCUCGGCGUCGGGCUCGUCCUCCCGCUCGCAGAAGCUCGCCCAAGCCAAGUGGGAGUUCCUGUUCGGGGCGCCGCCGGAGCCGAGCCACGGCGGGAAAGGUGGUUCUGGUCCCGCAGACGUCCCGUCCACGACGCCUCCGAGCAGCGAGUCCCUCAGCCCCACCCCUCCCCCCUCCCUCCAGCUGAAACUGGCCAGUCAGAGGAGGGGGCGGGACAGAGAGGCUCAGAGCCUGUCGCACCACGACGUCCAGCAGGUCGAGGUGGAGCUGGUGAGCUCCGCCCGCCGAGGCUCCGCCCCCAAGACUGGCAUCAUCCGCCGGACCAUCAAAUACUCGGAGACAGAUCUGGACGCCGUGCCGCUGCGCUGCUACAGGGAGACCGACCUGGACGAGGUAAUGCGGGCGGAGGCGGAGGCUGGGGAGGAGGUGGACUCGGCCUUCGGCAGUAACCGCAGCGUCCUGGGAACCUCCAGCUCCAGCCCCCCCGACGCCUCCCUGUACCCCCGCAUGGCCGGGGGGGAGGGGGAGGAGGACGAGGAGGAGGAAGAGGAGGAGGAGGAGGAGGAGGAAGGUGUGGUGAGCUGGGCCAGCGUCCGGAUGCAGGGAGACAAGAAGAGACAGAGAGCCACCAAGGAGGAGGACGAAGUCUACAGCCUGCUGCUGAAGGGGCAGCUGGAGGCGGCGGCCGAGUACCACUGCGCCCUCAAGUCUCCCAUCUCGGUCGGCAGCCCGCGCCGGACCUCCGACGGCAACCUGGACUCCGACAGCAACCUGGACUCCUUCAGCCGCCAUUUUGAAAGCAUCAUGGAGUCUCACCGCGCCAAGGGCACCUCGUACAGCAGCCUGGACAGCGUCGACCUCCUGACCUCCGGGACGACGUCUGUCUUCACCUUCGACCUGCCCACCCUCACGCCGGAGAUCCAGAGUCAGAUCUGCGACAGCGCCAAGCAGAUCAUCGAGCUGAGCUUCGCCCCGUUGGCCAAGCCGGACCCGUCCAGCCCGUCGGAGACGUCUCGCUCAGAGUCCACGCUCAGCAGCUCGGAGGCGGGGCUUAAAGGCGGCGCCAAGGAUGACUCCGCCCCUAGAAGUCGGCCCAAGUCAGAGAGAGAGACGUGGCGUCGCUCCAUCCUCAAAGAUGGCUUCCGCAAGGCGAACUCCGCCCCCUCGCUCCACUGCAGCCCCAGGGAGCGGCCGGUGCACCACCCCCCUCCGGAGCUGCUGUACCCCCAGGCGGACGUGGCGGAGCGGCUGGCGCAGGGCGGCGGCGGCGGCGGCGGCGAGCUGGCGAACGGCACCAAGGCGGACCUGCAGGCCGCCAAACGCCUCGCCAAACGCCUCUUCAACCUGGACGGCUUCAGGAAGUCAGACGUGGCACGACACCUCAGCAAGAAUAAUGAGUUCAGUCGGAUGGUAGCUGAGGAGUAUCUCAGUAACUUUAACUUCAGCGGUCUGACCAUCGACCAGGCACUCAGGGCGUUUCUGAGAGAGUUUGCUCUGAUGGGCGAGACGCAGGAGAGAGAGAGAGUCCUGUCGCAUUUCUCCAGACGAUACCUGCAGUGCAACCCCAACGCCAUCCCCAGCGAAGACAGCGUCCACACUCUGACCUGUGCGGUGAUGCUGCUGAACACCGACCUACAUGGCCAUAACAUCGGGAAGAGGAUGUCCUGCAGUCAGUUCAUCUCCAACCUGGAGGGUCUGAACGAAGGAAAAGACUUUCCCAAAGAACUGCUCAAGGCUCUGUACAGCUCCAUCAAGAACGAGAAGCUGCAGUGGACCAUCGAUGAGGAGGAGUUGAGGAAGUCCAUGUCGGAGCUGGCCGACGUCCGGACAGACUCCGCCUCCCACACCAUGAAGCGGCUGGGGAGCGGAGGGAACCCGCUGGUGGGCGUGGCCCAGCAGUCCGACGCCGAGCUCUACAAGAACGGCUUCCUGGUCCGCAAAGUCCACGCCGACCCGGACGGGAAGAGAACCCCGCGGGGGAAGAGAGGGUGGAAGUCGUUCUACGCCAUGCUGAAGGGUCUGGUCCUCUACCUGCAGAAGGGCGAGUACCGCGCGGACCGCCAGCUGAGCGACGAGGACCUGAAGAACGCCGUGUCGAUCCACCACUCGCUCGCCAUGAGAGCCGCAGACUACAGCAAGAGACCCAACGUGUUCUACCUGCGCACCGCAGACUGGAGGGUCUUCCUGUUCCAGGCCCCAAACGCAGAGCAGAUGCAGUCAUGGAUCACUCGCAUCAACAUGGUGGCGGCCAUGUUCUCGGCUCCGCCCUUCCCGGCUGCGAUUGGUUCUCAGAAGAAGUUCAGCCGGCCGCUGCUGCCGGGGUCCAACACCAAACUGUCCCAGGAGGAGCAGGUCAAAUCCCACGAGAACCGGUUCAGGGCGGUUUCCUCCGAGCUGGCGGACCUGGCGGCUGCGACCCCUGACCGCAAGGUCAAAGGUCGCGAGCUGGAAGAGCAGAAACUGCGGGAGGAAUACCUGGAGUUUGAGAAAACGCGGUACGGGACGUACGCCAUGCUGCUGCGGGCCAAGAUGUCCAGCGGCGAGGAGGAUCUGUCGGCCUUUGAGUCACGACUGUUCGACGAUGGCGGUCUGCAGAGGGCGCACUCGAGCCCCACGCUGCCCCAGGACGCCGGCAGCUCCAAGGACAAGAAGACCUCCAAGACCUCAAAAACCUCCAAGACCUCCAAGACGUCCUCUGCCGCCGCCGCCAGAGAGGGAAGCAAGAAGAAGAACAGCGGGGGCGAGGAUAGUGGCGGCGGUGGUGGUGGCGGCGGCGGCGGCAGCCAGCGCUCGGAGCCGCAGAGACAGAGCCUCAAACAGGCGGCCAAACAGGCCGAGGCACCUUAGGGUGUCGGAGGUUUCAGGACUUUAUAUGAAGUACGCAGCUGUCGGUGGACGUGAAGGAUUAUGGGUAGUAAACCUGACAUCCACCCUUAAAUCUUUUCUGUUAAACCUCAUUCAGAUUCAGGUCGGUGGUUUUGGAGCCGAGACGUUCGAGGUUAGCGGGAAAACGAAACGUUCAUCAUGUCCAGUAAUGGAGGACAAGGGGGGUGGAGCCUGUUAGUGUCCAGCCAACCAGUUCACUCACUGAAAGACAUUUAUAAAUAGUCCAAUAACACCAGUCCUGUUGUGGGACGUCCCGCCAAAAUCCUAAUAAUUUCAGAAAUGGGUAAGUUAGUCUCCUCCUAGUUUUGUUCUGAGCGGCCGGAGAGUUUUUGGAUUUCUGUGGAAGAAACCUGGGUGUUAAUGUUGUCGUACUGUUCUUGUGGAGAACCUUCUGGACCAGAUGUUUAGUCGGUGUGACAUGAAGGAGGCGCUCGUCGCCGUUUUUCCUCUCGUGAAGCGAAGGCGAGGCGCCGCUGCGUCUCAAACCUUCAGAAGAAAAAAAAAAAAAACAGACAGAAACAGACUGGGGCUGAAGCCUGACCUCAGAUCAGCAUCACUCUGCUUCCUAGCAACGCCGGAGCGAGUUGCCAUGCCGACCAGAUAUGACGGACAGAGCGUGGGACUGUUACCGUGGCGACUGGCAAGGCCCGGAGCUAGGACGCCCCGGCCAAAACAAACACCCACAAUGCACCGGGAGCGUAGCGGAGUCAGCGCUGUGAUGCGUCACGGGAACACACACUCCUCCGCUCGGCUGUGUGUGUGUGUGUGUGUGUGUGUGUGUGUGUGUGUGUGUGUGUGGAGUCUCGUCAGUCCACAGGCACAUCACAGGAGUGUAAAUACAAACAGGAGCACGGCCGCUCGUCUCCGCUCAGCUUGGUGUUGCUUUGCCGUGACCGAACGCGGCGCCCCCUGCUGGAGACUCACACAUCCUGAUGCUGGAACCCGAGACUCUGUGGAUCCGUCGCGUCCGUCCACGUCGGGGUCACGUCCCUCCCGACUCGCACGACGACUGACAAACACAUGACCGAUGACGUCACACAGACUGAACUGACCGCUGGGUCCACAUUUAACAUGUAACUGCCAUGAACUGUCAUUGUUGUCUGAUUGGUUGAGGACAGGUGAGCCGACAGGUGAGCCGACAGGUGAGCCGAGGGUUUGGCAUCAACACUCAGAGGGAAAGUUAACGUCACGAUUUCACUCUCAAAACGUGGAAAGGGUUCAGAUCUGCACACAUUUCACCUCAUUUUGUCAGAAAGCUGAGCUGCAGUCACAACACUCCACAUCCUCAAGAGAAACUGAUGACCUUUGACCUUUGACUCACUGUCACUGGAAGCUGUUGGAAUAUUUUAGUCGUGUUCUGCAAAAUAACAAUCGGCUCCACAGUGUAAAGCCUGCAGCCUCAGUGCGUUUAGUGCCGUCCUGUAAGUCACAAGUCGGUUUAUUUCCUUAGCAAACGUAAAGGCCGAGGUGCUGCACAGCGUCAGACACAUGAAAACAUUACAACACAAACAAAACAGGAUAAAAACAAAGGAGGACAUUGAAAUUAAAUCAAGUUGUGCAACAUCAAAUAAGAACAAAGACGCUGGAAUAAAAUCGAACAAGUUA